AUGGCCGAUGACAGCGCACCGCCACAGGAGCUGGACUGCGCCCCGGGAUCUGCUCUCCAGCUGCUCGGCGACGGAGUGCGCAAGAUCAUGGGCGUGCUCGUCUACCGCAUCGCGCUGUACGCCGACGCGGAGGAGGCGAGACGGACCCUGGCGGCCUGGGACGGCCACCCCCACGGCAGCCUCUGCGCGCGCCAGGACUUCUUCGACCAGCUCGCCGCGGGCAGGUACCGCAAGUGCCUCCGCCUGCACUUUGCGUGGGGCCUGGGCGCCGCGAGGGUCCAGAGCGGCUUCGGCGAGGCGCUCCUGCGGCGCGUCCCCGAGGCCUCCGCCGCGCACGCGCGGGCGCUCGUCGCGUCCGUGCCCGACGUCCCCGCGAACUCCGUGCUCCUCAUCAGGUUCGCCGGCGACGGGGAGCACGUGGAGCCAUUGGCGGGCCAGUGCCUCAACAGCGUGGCGUCGCACGAGCUCUGGAGCGCGUUCCAGAGGAUUUACUUCGACGAGCAGGAAGACCUGCCGGCCAUCAAGAGGAGCCUCGUGCGCCGCGUGCCCCAGGUGGUUUUUCCUCCGCCGCACGACGUCCCGGCCGCCAACGGCACUGCUCCGGAGGGCCGCGGCGGGCUUGCCGACUCGUCUCCCCGCCCCGGGCAGGCGGAGCUGCGGCAGCGCAGGACGUGGCGCGACAGCUCCGGGCGUGCAGAAGGCAAGGCGGGGUACAAGUUCGGAGACGUCACCCGCACACUCCUGCAGAAGACCCGCACGGGUGGGCAGGCCCCCGCCGCCGCUGCCGGCACGGGCGGGAACGACACGCGGAGCGAGCACCAGCACGCCAUCGCUGACCUCAGCGCCCAGGUGGAGGGCCUGCAGAAGGACAGGGAGGAGGCGGCGCAGAGGGCGUCGCAGGAGCGGCUCGCAGUCCUGCGGUCUGGUGCGCUGGCGGGCGCCUCCACAGCGCUAUUUGCCGCCUCCGCCGCAGUGGAGGUGCUCGGGCCCACGCGCGCGAGGCCCCUGCUGCUGCUCUCCGCGUUGGUCGCCGCCGUGGGGCUGCCGCUCACCCGGGCUGGCCCGAGGGUGGCGGAGCUUGCCGCCUCUGCGUCGGCGUGA